CUUUGGGCCGUAAAAUGAUUACGGGCUAAAAGCUAAAAAACACGUCGUGCGAGAGCGAGAGAGGGAGAGUGCAAGAGAGAGAGAGAGAGAGGGAACAAGGAGCAACAGCAACAGCAAGCGAAACUUGAAAAAUCCCUGCUAAAAAUAUAGCAAAUAUUAAAUUAGAAAAAAUCAAAAAAACCUAUAUAACAAUAAGAGGACUUCAAGGAAAUCUGCUGGGGCAUUAUAAUAAACAAUUCAUCACCUUGUGUGCGUGCGUGUGUGUGUGUGUGCCAUAACUCCUAUACAUUUCAAGCAUACAGGAAAAAACGGAACGGAAAACCAGAAACAGGAAAAACCAAGUGAAAAUUGAGGUGGAGCGGGUGGUAAACGCUGGGAAAAUGGCAUUAAAAAAGGCAAAAUGACCCCUACAAACUGAAUAAAAAUUCUAUUAGCCAUCGAAUUGAUUCACACGCACACUCACGCACACAGGAGAGCUGGGAGAACACCACCAACACCACCACCACCCCCUUUUUGAAGACAGGAACAGCAGCAGGAGCAGAACCACCCCCAACCCCCUUCUGGCCAAGCAGCCGGCACCCACGCCCCUGCACUCUGUGUUUAAAAAUAGAAAGAGCUCUGGAAAUCAAAUAUCCCUGGAGCGCCGUUCGAGAAAAUGGUAACGAUGAACUCGGAGGCGGACAAAACACAAGCCACCAAUGCCAGCAGCACCGCGGCGCCGGCGAAGACGGACUGCACCAGCAGCAACAGCAGCGAUCCGCUGGCGGUGUCCAUUCCGCCGGAGUUGGAGGAGGCCCGAUCCGCCGGAGGAGGAGGAAGUGCCAGCACGGCCACUCCCUCGCCAACGCCCCUGCCCAAUGGCAGUAAUAAUGGAGGUGCUUACCCGGAAACCGAGGGAUCAUCAUCAUCCUCAUCGGCCUUGGCCACCGAAUCAUCAGUAGCAGCAGUAGCGGCAGCCACAUCGGUUGCUAACCCGCCAGCAACCACUGCAUCCGCAGCCACCACAUCCACAUCCACGGGAACAACCCUGGGAGCCAAGACCACCGCCGCCGCCGCCGCCGCCGCCACCACCACGUCCUCCUCCUCCGCCACAUCCUCGUCGACGGCGGCGGCGGCGGGCAGCAAGCAGAGCGGCAGCAGCAGCAGCGGCCUGCUGACCGUCAGCGGGAACCAUCACCACCACCACCACGGCCACUCGCAGCAGCAGUCGGCGGGUCAGUCGGCCGCCCAACCGCCCCAGCCGCCCACCGCCUCCGCCCUCGCGGUCCCAGCGACGUCGCAUCAUCAGCGCGGCGGCAAGAACGAGGAUGCCCCCAAUAUACUAGUAUACAAAAAGAUGGAGGCAAUUAUCGAGAAGAUGCAGGCGGAGUCGACGGGCGUGGCCGUGCGCACGGUGAAGGCCUUUAUGAGCAAGGUGCCCUCGGUGUUCACGGGAGCAGACCUGGUGGCCUGGAUCCUGAAGAACUUCGAUGUGGAGGACGUGACGGAGGCCCUGCACUUCGCCCACCUGCUCAGCUCGCAUGGCUACAUUUUCCCCAUCGACGAUCAUGCGCUGACCGUCAAGAACGACGGCACCUUCUACAGAUUCCAGACGCCCUACUUUUGGCCCUCGAAUUGCUGGGAGCCCGAGAAUACGGACUAUGCCGUCUACCUUUGCAAACGCACCAUGCAGAACAAGACGCGACUCGAGUUGGCCGACUACGAAGCCGAGAAUUUGGCCAAGCUGCAGAAAAUGUUCUCCAGAAAGUGGGAGUUUAUAUUUAUGCAGGCUGAAUCGCAGAGCAAGGUGGCCAAGAAGCGGGACAAGCUGGAGCGGAAGGUACUGGACUCGCAGGAGCGGGCCUUCUGGGACGUCCACCGGCCGAUGCCCGGCUGCGUCAACACCACCGAAAUUGAUAUUAAGAAGGCCUACAGGAGGGGCGGUUCCAGCCACGGAACCGGGUCCGCCGGCGCCUCCUUGGCCAAGAAUCCCGUCGAGCAGCUGACGCGGAUCAUCGCCCUGCGCAAACAGAAGCUCGAGCGGCGGACAAUCAAGGUGUCAAAGGCGGCCGAGGCUCUGGUUGCCUACUACGAUCAGUACAAUGAGUUCGAUUACUUUAUAACCUCGCCGGAGCUGCCGAAUCCUUGGCAAACGGACAGUACCGAGAUGUGGGAUACGGAGAAAAAUAGCAAAGAAGUUCCUGUGCGUCGCGUGAAGCGCUGGGCAUUCAGUUUGCGCGAGUUGCUAAACGAUGGCAUCGGUCGGGAGCAGUUCACCAAGUUUUUGGAGAAGGAGUACAGCGGCGAGAAUCUCAAAUUCUGGGAAUCGGUGCAGGAGAUGAAGGCGCUGCCGCAGUCGGAGAUCAAGGAGGCCAUCCAGAAGAUCUGGCAGGAGUUCCUGGCCCCCGACGCCCCCUGCCCGGUGAACGUGGACUCCAAGUCGGUGGAGCUGGCCCGCGAGGCGGUCAACUCACCGAGCGGCCCGAACCGAUGGUGCUUCGAUGUGGCCGCCUCGCACGUUUACCACCUGAUGAAGAGCGACUCGUACUCCCGGUAUCUGCGGUCAGACAUGUACAAGGAUUACCUGAACUGCUCACGCAAGAAGAUCAAGUCCAUACCGAAUCUGUUCGGGGUGAAACGUUGAGAUACGCUGCGGGGAUUCCCCGUCAUCGCAGUCGGCUAGGAUCCAGAAUCCUUGAUGCCUCGGGCAGGGGAAUUACCAUAUGCACUUGGUACUCCACUCGGGUACUCAUAUGUAUGCCCAGUUUGUAUGAACUUAAACGUUGUUACUCAUCUAAUUGUCUGCCACUGUGUCGCGUGUUCUCUCGAUUUUGAAGGUUUUUUAUUGCCAUUUUUGUAUUUGAUUGUUCGUUGAUCGAUUAUGCGUUACCUCAAAGUGCCCCCUAAAAUCCCUCACGGUAUACAACUCACUCUCUAGCCGUCUCCCUCUUAAUCAGACAAAAAGCAAAGACACCACUUAAGAUGAAAAUAAGAAACUGCCAAAGGCCUAAAUAAGAUUACAAAAAUCGAAAACUGGAGGUUUUACGUAAAGUCCACGGAUAUUUUAAAACAAUUACUUGUUGUCGUCUAAAAGUAGGAUUGCUUUUACAUUUUCCUUACAAUAGAUUUUAUUUGUAUUGUGAUGAAGGGAACUAAUUCCCCCACCGAAAAAUGACACUAAAAUGACUAAGAUUUUGAAAUCACCCUUAAAGGUGUCAAAAAGUAUGCAGUAAAAAAUAAAUGUCGUCUUUUAAAAAGAAUACAUGACUAUGCCACAUCGAAAUACAUAGUUUUAUACUUUUGGACACCAUUAUGAGUGAUUUCUGCGGUAAUUCUUUUUAUUAUUUCUUCCAAAUAUAUAAUUCGAAAUUCAAAACAUUCAAAUGUUAGCCUACUUAAGGGCACUUCAAUAAUUGUUUUAAAAUCUAUCGAUUUUUUGCAAAGCCUUAUUUAUUUUAUUAACCGUAAACGAAAAGUUGAGACGAAAGACAACACCAACAACCGCCGAGACCUUAUUCUCAUAUUCAUAAUAUACAAGCAAAUACGAAUUAUUAAUUAUUAGCCAAAAAGCAUAACGAUCGUAAUCGAAGACACCAAGAAAAUAUGAAGAAAAACCAAAGAGAAAACCACUAGUAAAUGUCAAACUGUAACCGAAAAACACCAAAACUAAGCAAAUGCAGAAAAUCCCCAAUCUUAAGAGGUACAUACAUAUACUCAAAAUACGAGAAUAAGCUUAACGACUAGGAAGCCAAGGCGGAAAUCUUACGUAAAUUAAAAACAAAUUGAAAGGCCAAACAUGCCAGGCAUCUUUUGUCAGCGAUUGAUGACAAUUCAGCUAUUCAGCCGGUAACAUUUUAAGCAGCUUUCGACACGAUCCCCAAACCCUAUAAAGAACCCCAUCUGAAAAAUGCGAAAAAAUCAAAUCUUUGGAUUAAGUUCCUUUAUCACCGUGAUUAGGUGUCUCGUCUCUUUUCAACACUUAUUUUCUCUCUCUCUCACACACACACACACCUGCACAACCCGCGCACACACACACACACUCACAUAUCGUUAAGGAGCCAGAAAAUUAAAAAGAAACUAAGAUUUUAAUCAUAAUAUUUUUUUUGCCGCUCACUGUGCCCGUUUUGUGUGUGUGAUUUAGAGGAAGAGGCUAAAAUGUUUUUGUUUUUAGUGAAUGUUUAGAAUAAAUUAUGUUAAUAAUAGGCAGUAAAUGGAUAGCAGGUUGGAAAAGAGAGGGCGAGAACCAAGUUCGGUUGGGCGAGAGGGCGGUGAAGUAGUAGGAUAGGUAGGGUCAAAGGUGUGAUAGCUUAUAGGAAGUUAGAACAAACAAAAGAAAAAAAACAAGUGAGCUUUACGAAAAAAUAUAAAGGGGCUUAAAACUAGGGAUGGCCAGCCAACUUGGUUCUCUCAGCAAAAUCUCUCCUCUAAACAUUUUCGGAUUUGGACAAACGGGGUAAACCCCGAAAACAUAACUAAUAUAGUUGUGGUCAAAACAAUAGCAUUGGGGGCUUGGGAAAAACUCUAAUUAGUGCCGGAAAACAAAAAAACUUUAAGACAAAAAUAUAAUAUUAAAACUCUUAAAAGCAAUCAUUUGUAAGUUAGUGGUCUUAAAAGGCAUUAAAAAAACUACAAUCUCAAUUUUAUCCAAGUAUAAAACACCUUGGUUCAAACCAAAAUAGGUUCAAAGUACAUUUAAAAAAACUUUUUUGUCAACUUAUGUUUACAAUUGGAGAUUUCUACAUCAACGAUUUUGUUUUAAUUUUAUUUUUACUGUAAAUAGAUAUUGCAAUGUACUCUUCAUUUAAUCUUAAAAUGCCAAUUCUACAAUCAUUUUGACCACAACUGUAUGAUAGUGGGUGCAGCUAGACAUAUAUGUUUAUGUGAAACAUCAAACUGAUCCCAGGAUCUUUCGGAAUAGCAAUUAGACUUAGGUAAACUAAGGAACUUGGAACUUGGAACUUGGAACUAUAUGAAACACACACAUGUAAUUUGCACACACACACACACUCACGCACUCAUGCUGCCUACUUUUGGGCCUAAAAAAGAAAGGAUUGAAAAAUCCCAGGCGUAUUAUAUGUAUCUAAUUAGGAUCGCAUUGUGUGUGUCUAUCUAAUUGUAACUGUAAUUGUAAUUGUAAAUGGUGUCUACAAAUUAACGAGCAAAUAAUAACUAUUACUAUACAGUAUGAGGUAUACAGAAUUCAUUAAAGGUAACAGUAACAGUAACAGUAAAAGUAAAGGUAAUUAAACGUGAAAAGUAAAAGUAAAAAUUAUAAAGUACGAUAUAUAUACCAUGUAUCUCGAUGUGCGUCUGUGUGUUGGUAGUGACAAAUUUAAAUCGAUUUCAAAAUAGUCAAAGCUAAAACUAGAAGAAACUGGGAAAUCCCUCUCGUCUCACACACAACUUUUCCUUUGGCUUGCCACUGUUAUCGUUUGCCAGAUUAUAUAUAUAAUUACAUAUAUGCAUAUAGGAACUGUUGGCCAACUGUUUUCCCCCUUUUAACUGUUCCAACGCCCCCACCUAAACGAAAAUAACCAUUAAAUGUAGCGGAAACUAUAAAAACUCUAAACAAAAUCGAUGGAUAACUAAGGGUUAGCAGGGGUAUAUUCCCACUUGAUUUGGAGAACACUAAUUAAAUCAAAUAAUCAAAAAAAAUAUUCGAUAUAUGUACGUGUACACAACAAGCAACAGCAAACAACUUUUUAGGUUUAGCCCGCAGCAAAAGUAAAAAAAUCACAUAAAAAACCACAUCAACAAAAUCAAUAAGUAUUAAAUAUGAAACAACAACUGCAAGCAAGGAAAACUACAACCAAAAAAACACAAAAAGCGGCCGCGUUUAUUGUAAAUUGUUCAGCAAGAAAAACAAAAAC